AUGACAAGAACACCUGUGCAGAAAACAGUUGUACUUCUUACGCUUUCAGGACCAGCUACAGGCGCGAGCGAGGACGGCGAGCCGGAGUGCGGGGGCGCCGCGGACGGCGGCGGCAGCGCCAGCCCGCCGCUGCUGCUGCCGCCCCCGGAGCUGGAGGUGCGCGGCGCGGGGGCGGGCGUGUGGGCGCGCCAGGCGCUGCCGCGCGGGGCGCGCUACGGGCCCUUCCUGGGCAAGUGGCUGCCGCAGCCCGCCGACCACCGCCUCGCCUGGGAGGUGCGCGUCUGCGGCAGUGAGAUUCGCGGUUUCCUUGACGGGACGUUCGAACUCAAUAACUGGCUAAAGUACGUGCGGUGUGCGCGCAACGACCACGCUCCAAACCUUCGGCCCCUGCUAAUUGCUGGGCAGAUCUUCUACGAGACGACGCAAGAGGUGGGCGCGUACGAGGAGCUGGUGCUGGGCCCGCGCGAGCCGUUGCAGCUGGAGGCCCACCCGUCCCAGCAGCCGGCGCACGCCCACGCGCAGGGCCAGCCGCCGGGCGCGCACCACGGCGAGUCCACCACCUCCGACGACCGCAGCGACCGCGAGACCGAGUCGCAGCACUCGGGGACCGUUGAAGAGGAGCGGGACGACGAUGAGGAGGUAGAUGCGCGCUGCGCCGUCUGCUCCAAGGAGUUCCCAGACGCCGAACAACUGGACGAGCACCUGCUGUCGGUGCACGCGUUCCCCGCCGACGAGCAGCACAAGUGCGAGGCGUGCCCCGCCGUCUACGGCAGCCGGCAGGCGCUGUCCAGGCACCGCGCGCUGCUACACCGCUGCGCCGACCCUCUGAAGCGCUACCCCUGCGAGAACUGCUCCAAGUCUGACGUACCAGACGUCUUCUCGGACCCGAGCAACCUCCAGCGCCACAUUCGCAGCCAUCACGUGGGGGCGCGCUCGCACGCCUGCCCCGAGUGCGGCAAGACGUUCGCCACCUCGUCCGGCCUCAAGCAGCACACGCACAUACACUCCAGCGUCAAGCCGUUCCAGUGCGAGGUCUGCCUCAAGGCGUACACGCAGUUCUCGAACCUGUGUCGGCACAAGCGCAUGCACGCCGACUGCCGCAUGCAGAUCAAGUGCGCCAAGUGCGGCGACACCUUCAGCACGGUGACGUCGCUGUCCAAGCACAAGCGCUACUGCGACUCGACGCCGGGGCCCGGGCCCGGUGUGGUGGCGGGCGGGGGCGCCGGGGGCGGCGGCGGGGGCGGCGCGGCGCGCGGGCUGCUGCCGCCGCUGUCGGCGCUGCCGGCGCCCUUCCUGCUGUACCCGCCGCGGCCCUUCUACGCCCCCGCGCUGCUCGAUGCCGCCGCCGCCGCAGCCGCUGCCUACCCUUCACUCUACACCGCGGCGCCGUCUUUCAUGCACAACUCGCUCAUCUUCCCACCGCACCAGCGUAUCGACAGGGCGGAGGAGGACAGCGGGAGCCGGGCGCUGCAGCAGCAGCAGCAGCUGGAACAGACUCCGCCGCCGGCGCAGACGCGUCUGUGCGCAGAGGAGCAGCGCUUCAGCCCCCGCCAGCAGCAGCAGCAGCCGCCCCCACAGCCGCUGCAGCAGCCAGCUGGGUACACAUCGCCUCACCCACCCACCGCCGCGCCGGUCGCUGCUAGCGGCGCUAAGCACAAGGUGUCGCCGCCCUCCGCAGACGAGGCGGUGUCGCAGCUGCGGCCGUCGCCCGCGAGGCCACCCCUGGCCGCCACGUACCCCGACCCUCGCGGAGCUUUGCCGCAGCCGCGGGCGCGCGAGCUGCAGCUGUCGGAGGACGACGACCCGCACGACCUGCGCCUCGCCCUGCCCGCCUCUUCCCCAGCCUCCGAUGCCGCCGCCCCCGACAGCGAAUCCUCCGCCGGCGAACCGAAGCGCAAGCGCUGCGAUCAGCCGCUCGACCUCCGGGUGCAGAAGCGUCGCUACAGUGAAGACAGACCUCCCGGCGCUGACUUCCCCGGCGCCGGUACCUCCUUUCCCGAAGACAGAAGGUCACUCUCUUCCAAUGUCUCUACACCGAGUACCGUCAGUCCUUCGACACCGUCACCUCAGCAUCACCACCUCUCUUCGGAUCGGAGCGACGCUUGGAACGCCAAAGAAACGUCGCAGAAGUCACCCAGAACGCCGACGCCGCUCUUAGCAGAGAAACGUCGUUCGCCGUCGGCGUCUCCGGCGUCGGGUUUCCAGAGGCACGAAACCCCGCCGCAGCAGCCGGUGGCAGCUGUACGACCACUCUCACCACCGGUGGAGAACGCCACGGCGCCUGUGUCAUCUUUGGCUGUGACGCCGACGAGCCUGACCAAACUGCCGCCUAUGGCGUACCCGCGGCCACUGCACCCUGUGUACCUGGACGCAUUUUACCGCUCUCCUUCAUUCCCGCCCUUUCAGGCCGCCACCCACCACGACCGGCUGCUACCACCGCCUCCACCGCCUCCAGCUGCUUUCGGAAGGACCUUCCCACCGUACCUGAACCCUCUCACUAAUGGCAUCGCAAACGGUCACCAUCAUCCCAUGUUGGCUGGGCGGCAUAACCCGUACGACAUGCUGCGUACCCCGCUGCCGGGAUUCGCGAGCGGUGGGAAGCCGUACCAGGACAUUCUAAGUGGAGGUAGCGCUUUAGGCGCCAGUGGCUGUGGAACGGGCCCUCCUGCUGGCGGUGGGCACAACGGAGGCAGCGGCAGCAGCACAGGCGGACCGGGAUCCGCUCCCAAUGGAGCAACCGGCGGCAAGGUUAAGGAUCGCUACAGUUGUAAAUUCUGUGGCAAGGUGUUCCCUCGAUCUGCCAAUCUGACUCGCCACCUACGCACUCAUACGGGGGAGCAGCCGUACAAGUGCAAGUACUGCGAGCGCUCCUUCAGCAUCUCGUCCAACCUGCAGCGGCACGUGCGCAACAUCCACAACAAGGAGAAGCCGUUCAAGUGCCCGCUCUGUGAUCGCUGCUUCGGCCAGCAGACCAACCUCGAUCGCCACCUGAAGAAACACGAGGCAGACGAUGGAAGUGGGGUCGUCGCCGUGGCGGACAGCCCAGACAGUAACGAGAACGAGCGUGAGGACGCCUGUUUUGACGAGAUACGCAGUUUCAUGGGCAAAGUGGCAGCCUACUCGUCACCUCUGCCACUGCCGCCACCUCCUCCAUCGUCGAUGGGAGCUGAAGCUCAUAUGGCCCACCUAUACCACAGCUCUAGUGCUCCUCAACCGUCGCCGGCGCUUGGGUUGCAGCACAUCCCCACUCAGCCACAUCACUUCGGCCAGCCACAACAACAACAGCAACAACAACAAAUAUCAGCUACAGGCUUGCAGGCAGUGGCAGACUUGGUUAUCAAGCGAGAGCGAGACGUCGAUUCGGAACCGGAGGAUCACUGUGCUGGCGAGUCACCACGAACGUCACCUGACACAGGCAGGAACGAAAUGAAUCGUCAGGAACACUUGGAGGUGCCGCCAUUGGAGCUGCAGACGCCCGUUUCUUUCGAAGUAAAAGUAAAGGCGGAAAAACCAAUAAAAGAAGAAAUUCCUACAAAUAACAACUGUGCCGAGCAUGACAUCAUCGAAGUGUCCACCUGACAGGGACCGGAAUGACAAUGUCCCAUGUGGGAAAUCUGAAAUCUCAUUGUAUAGUUCCUAAAGGACUGCGUGUUCACGAUUCUGUUGUGACUGAUCGAUCGUCUCUGUCUCAUUACUAAAUAGUUGGACACAGGGGAAUCCAGUCAAGACUGUAAACAACAGUAAAAAAGCAGCAGUUGUUUCUCCAAGGGAGUGGAUAUUAUGUGAAACUAUGGUUCUCUUCACGUGCAAAUAUCAGAAGAACGAAGUAUUUGUGUAUUUUUUAUUUUCAUUUUCGUACUUAGUACUCCACAUUGUGUGAUAAACAGCCAAAGCCAAAAUCUACUAUUUCUUGUGUGAGAAGUUAUUUAGUCACAGUGUAACUGGAAGAGACGCUACAGUUCUAUAACUGAAAUAUUUCUGAGAGACUUUCAGAUGAAUGCAAGUAGCUACUAAACAAGCUACAAAAACGUUUUGACUUUUCAUUGCUGUUGGUAUACACACUAGUCCAUGUCUGAUGAUAAACAAUUUAUAUUACUUAAGUUACCAUCAUACGUAUCAGCAUGUCAAGCCAAGUAAAUCUCUCUCUGUACUGAUAUAAGUCUGUAAAGCUUAUUUUGUUAUGAUUUGUCAGUGAUAUUGUAAUAUUUAUAUGAAAUACAAUUUCAGACUCAAUUCACUGUGAGGCUCCAUGCAGUUCUCAUAAGCACAAUAGGUUCUUUUGUCAUUUCACUUCAUUAUCUGGUUAAAAAUAUCCGCUAAGAUACUCAUUACAAAUCUCCGGCCUAACUGCACUCUGACUUCGACUGGUUUAUAGCACCAGAAGAACUUAACUUCUCAGUGUUUCUGUAUAGUAAUUCUCAGCACAUCUGGGCUCAUAAGGCCUGCACUCUCCAUUUACCUGAAUGUUUCUUCUGUUAGAUCUGCUGCUAUAUUUAUCAGGACUGUACAUAUUACAAUUCAUAUACCUGCCACUGGUGCUCAACAUUUCAACACAACCCUGUUGAACCAUUUUCUGUAUGUUAAAAUACCGUAUAAUUCAAGGAACUUCACAUAUCAAACAUAAGAAUCAGUUCAGUUCAACAUAUCACAAAGCUUCCCUGUAGUAGCCAACACGAAAAAAAAAAUGUUUUUAGACCUCACUUAACGUGAAAGCAGCUGAGAGAUCUAACUGACUGUUUAAUGUGGAACUGCGAUAACAGUGCUGGGCAACAGGCAGCCAUAAGGAAAAGCAACAAUGAAAAGAAAUUGUCAAUGUGGUUUUCUUACUUAAUGUCUUUAGUAAACUGGUGUACAAAAUUUUAACGGUAUUAGGAUCUGAUAACGAUAAGCUCCUGUGUCAAAUAUAAGGGCCAUCGCCCGUUUAUUGUGUCUGUUGCCCACCUGAAAAGUGUGUUAGCUUUAAUAACAAUUUUGAUGAAGUGUUUUCAAGUGCAGAUCUGACGCUCUUACGUAGGAAACCAGUUGUUAAGUGUUCAUAAGAUCAGCAUCACAUAUCACUAACGAAAUAAGCACGAAAUUGUUUAAGCAGUUCACAUUAAUUCGUCUGAUGGGGAUGCUCAACAUCAUAAUGACGUUUUAAAAUUUUAUGUAUUGAUAUCCUACACAGUUGAAACUACUUUAUGACCGGUGUUCAUGCUGUGCCAUUCAUAUAACUAAUUGUUAGAGAAAGUAUUAUAUGGUCUAAAAUUUGGUGUGUAUUCUCCAGAUAUUGUAAAAAAUGUGUUUAAAUAUUGUUGGUACGAUUUAAAAAUGUCAUUCAACAAUAAAUAUGUAUCUACACAAUCACUUAUUAAGCAUUCAGAUAUGCAUAUCAAAACAAUAAAGCUUGUUUCCAGUA